AACAAAACGACGGAAAAUUUCGUCAAAAAACGACUUAGCGUUCUAAAAGGAAGCGGCACGGUUGGUACCAAACACUGUUGUUGGGGUGAGUGUAAGACAGACUCAAGAUAUGCAGAUAAAUGGCCAAAAUCACUGAAAGAGUUAGAGGAAUCGGGGAAGAAAGUAUUUAUUCCUUUCCCAAAACCUUCGCAAGACAUGGCAAAGUGCAAGCGUUGGCUAGUAGCUUGUUCGCGUGAAUUUUUUACGGAGAAAAACAUAACAAGAAACACUUAUAUUUGUGCUCUUCACUGGCCUGGCGAAAAAGGUCCAACAGCCGAAUUUCCCGAUCCACUGAAGGCAAAUCUAAGACCAGCGCAAGCAAGUCGAGCACGUGCUCCCAAGAGAAAAGCACCGAAAGAAAGAGAAAAUCCAGCGUCAAAGAAACAGAAAUUAUUCGAUGACAACUACGAGGAACAAUUAUCUAACGAUAUUACAGUUUCUGAUGAUCAUGAUCAGGAGUCACAAGAAGUUGAACCGACAGUCGACGAAAGCAGUUUUAUUGAUGAAGAAUGUGUUGAUGAGGAUUGUGCCGUGAUCGAUACACACAGUUACGUUAACCCUUCAGGAAAGUUGGUUUCUGAUCAAGGCUCUCAGACUAUAUAUUCAAAAUACGAGUUGUCUGCAAAGGUCGAAACUAUGAUUUUGAAAAACGACGUCUCUACAACGCAGUUACAGGGUCCUAAAAUAGUGAGUACUUUAUCCUACGAAAAUAUCGUGCAAGAUGUAGCUCUCAUGAAACACUUCACCGGCCUCAGGCCUUCCCAGUUUGAAGUUUUGCAUGAUUUUCUUGACGAUGUUUGCCCUUUGGAGACAAUCAACUACUGGAAAAGUAAAGAUUGCCCAGCAACGGAGAAUGCAAGAACUGGCCCAAAAGCUGAUUUUUCAUCAAGAGAAAAACUUUUCAUUUGCCUUCUAAGACUGAAGAGGGGUUUUACUCUCAAUACUAUUGCAGCUCUUCUUAGUACCCCAAACAGGAAAAUUAACUUUUCCUACAUUGCAAAGAUCUUUACAACAUACAUUCAGUUGAUGUAUGUAAUUUUUAGAGACAUGCAAAACUUUAUGUUUCCAGAGAGAACCCAAUUUAGCAGGUUCCUCCCUAAGGUAUUCAAAACCAUGAAGAACAUACGUUGUAUUGUUGAUUGUACUGAAUUUAGAGUGGAAUGUUCCAGGAAUUUUGCUAGGCAAGGAAACACUUUCUCUUCCUAUAAGCACACCAACACAUUUAAGUGUCUCAUUGCUGUAACCCCCUGUGGUGGAGCAUGUUUUGUUUCUGAUUUGUUCGAGGGUGAUAUUGAUGAUGUUCGCAUCUUCAAGGAAAGUGGCCUUUUGAAGCACCUUAAACCAUAUGACUUGGUUUUAGCAGAUCGUGGUUUCACUGUGCAGGAUCUCUUAAAUCCUCUCCAAGUGCAAUUAAAAAUCCCAUCAUUUUUAAAAGGUAGAAAAAGUCUUAGUGCUGCAGAGGAAUUGGAAACACGUAGCAUUGCAAAAGCUAGGAUUCAUGUAGAGCGUUUCAAUGAACGCUUAAAGCAGUUCAAACUGGUCAGCAGAAGAAUACCUUUGUCUCUUGCUCCUGUCGCAACUCAAAUGGUAGUAGUUGCAGCAUGCCUUGUCAAUUUUCAGGCCACCCUUUGUAAGUAGACUUAAUAUUUUAACUUAAGUUUACAAGGCUCUAACUAAUGGAUGUGUAUAGCAGGUCAUCUUCUUAUAAUAAUAUAUUUAAUUUGAGAUGUAAGGUAAAUUUUGAUUUUAUUAUCUAUUGCUUCCAGCAAGCUAUGUUUAUAUUCUAUAAAACAGAACAUUUUGAGAAAUAAAUCUUAUUUACAUUUCUA